AUGGCGACCAAAGAAGGCUCUGCGCCGUCGAGUCGCGAAAGGCCCGCAGCCAUAACCACCCCGAGUGCCCCCACGAGCAACGGCAACGGACACCUCGAACUCGAUGAUAUGCCCUCGUCGCCCAUCCAUCCUAUCCAGGAGGACUUGAUGGCCCUGGCGAGACUGGGUGAACUGCGAUCUAUACAGAAACUCUUCGACAGUGGGAAAGCAUCAGCAACAUCAGCAGAUCCCCAGGGCAUCACAGCCUUGCAUUGGGCUGCAAUCAACGGACACUAUGCUCUAUGCCACUACCUCAUCGAAUCCGGCGCAAAUGUGAACGCGAAAGGCGGCGACGCCGAAGCAACUCCCGUGCUAUGGGCCUCUAAACGCUGUCAUUUAGAUGUCGUAAACCUCCUUUUACAACAAGGCGCAGACCCUCUCUUGACCGAUGACCAAGGAUAUAAUCUACUACACUCGGCCACCCUGGACGGAAACGUCUUCCAACUCAUCCUCCUCCUGCACCAGGCAGACGUACCUGUCGACAUACCCGAUUCGCAAGGACAUACCAGUCUCAUGUGGGCUGCUUACAAGGGAUUCCCAGCCUGUCUGGACGUGCUGCUGAAAUGGGGUGCCGAUGUGCAUGCAAGAGAUGAUCUGGGCUUCACCGCGCUACAUUGGGCUCUGGUUAAGGGCAGCUACAAUUGCAUUCAAAAACUCCUCGAAUAUGGUGCCGAUCGUUUUGUCGCGAACAACGACGGCAAGACACCAGCAGUCACUGCUAAAGACAUGAAUUCAACACGACAGUGGCAUCGCGCCCUCUCGGAUUGUGGCUUCGAUCCAUCAGGCAAUCCUCGCAGCUUCCCCUUAACUUUUGUCAAGGACACGAGAAAAUUCCUGGAUAGAUUCUUCUUUGCCUGGCCAUUUGUCGUUAUUGGAAUCACCUUGUACAUUCUUUCCAUCAUGCCCGUAUAUUUCGGUCUACCUAUCUCUAUGAUCACAUCGUACCUUUUGCAACUGGCAUCGCAGAAGUUGCUAAAAUGGGCACCCAGCGACAUGAAGCAUAUGCAUAAGACGCCAUUCUUGGCCGGAGUUUUUGCAGCGACUCUUGCAUGGGUGGGCAUCAGAUACAUCACUCACAUUCUUCCUACUACCUUUACGAGUCAUUUCUUCCUCAACCUGUUUUUCGUGGCUGCAUUUGGCCUAUGUACAUAUUACUACUUUACGGCCAUGCUCAUGGAUCCUGGAUAUAUCCCUCGCUCAGCAUCUCGCGGACAACAGAAAGCAACAAUUGAAGAGCUCAUUGACGCAAAGGCAUUUGACGAACAACACUUCUGCACAAUGUGUAUGAUCAGAAAGCCAUUACGUAGCAAGCACUGCAGGCGGUGCAAUCGCUGCGUGGCAAGACAUGAUCACCACUGUCCUUGGCUGAACAAUUGCGUUGGUGUCAACAACCACCGAGCCUUUGUUCUCUACAUAAUCUUCCUCCUGACUGGCAUUGCCCUCCUCAUUAGACUUACACUAGCCUACCUCGAGCUCCUACCCACACCACCAGCCUCAUCAAUCCACUGCAAAGUUCUAAAAGAAGAAUUCUGCGCUCAAUGGUCCAAAGACCCGUUCACACUCCUCGUCAACGGCUGGGGCAGCAUCCAAAUGACCUGGACAAUAAUGCUCCUCUUCGUCCAACUGACUCAAAUCGCCCGCGCAAUGACUACCUGGGAAGCCAUGCGCAAUAACCACGCUGGGCCUCUAGUCACCGCCCUCACCACCGGCUCUACCUCCCAAGAAGGCGGCAGUAUCAACUCCUCAGGAGGUGGCCCUACAACAAGCCCACCCCACCAUUCCACCUCCAAGGAAUCAUGCUUUGGACAGUGGAAACGCAUCCUCGGCGUUGACACAUUUAUCGCAACCGCUCUCCACGGCUCCCGCGCCCAAGAAGUUCUUGCCCAGCGCCGCGAAAACCCUUUUACCAAAGGUAUCAUGCGCAAUUGUGGAGAUUUCUGGUUUGAUGGUGAGGGAAGGGGUGUAGGAUCCAUGUUUGGAGGUAAAGAAUUAGGUAUGGGAAUGCUGGGAGGUGUCAAGGUGGAUUAUAGGAAGUUGUUUGAUUUGCCGAGGAACGCUGAGGUUUAG